GUACGGUACCAGUAGGUACGUACUAUUUACUUGUAGUUCUCCUUGUCGUCAUUUGUAGCGUAUCGCCAUCCCGUCGUCAAUAACUACGAUCUCAGGGCGUGUUCUACAUUUCAAAAUUGAAAUAAACUGUGCAUUUAAUCUCGCUAAUACAAGAUACGCAGACGUUCUUAUCAAUUUACGAGUGAUAGAACUGAAAUGCGAGUUUCAUGAACCCGUCACACGCCCUUUGGAGAUCGUGAACUUUUGAGUGUGAACUUGUGAGUUGUGUUUCGUGCGUCUACUUUUUCGUGUAACUAUAGUUUGUAGUGGCGUCUGUUCAUUUGCGUAGUGUUUGUCGCCCAGUGUUAGAUGGUGUGCAGUGUUGAGUUCAGUGUAAGAUUUCUCGUAGUACAUUGAUGGGCCGUACGCACGUUGUUACGGCGGCAGAGAGGCCGCAUCGGCGGGUCACAGCUUCUCGGAGAGUUCAAAUUAAAAUCCGUCAACCUGGAACUGAUGGAAUUAGAAAAUAUCGUGGCCAACACUGUCUACUUGAAAGCCAGAGAGGGCGGUUCCGAUAGCAACAAGGGCAAGAGCAAGAAGUGGCGCAAGAUCCUACAGUUCCCUCACAUAUCGCAAUGCUUAGAUAUAAAAACAAAAAUAGAUGUAAACUACGACUAUGUGGUGGACCAGCAGCCGAUCGGAAAGCUGCUCUUCCGUCAGUUCUGCGAGCGGAACCGCCCCCAGUACCACAAGUACAAUAGCUUCCUAGAUGCGUUCUUGGAUGGAUUCCAGGUGGAACGGUAUGAGGUGGAAGUGGACGAGACGCGCACCGCGCUCGCGACGGAGGUGUUUGGACAAUACCUGAAGACGGAGGACUCGGAGGCGGUUACUGACGUCGUCUCCUCCGAUGUGGUGGAUGACGCCAGCAAGCUGCUUGAAGCCGGCUCAAAGGAUAUAUUCAUCGAGUGCAUACGAUGCGUGAAAAGUUUCCUAGCGGGGAUCCCGUUCGCGGAGUUCGAGCGGUCGAUGUACUUCCACCGGUACCUGCAGUGGAAAUGGCUGGAGGCGCAGCCGGUGACGCAGCACACCUUCCGCAUGUAUCGAGUGCUGGGCAAGGGCGGGUUUGGGGAAGUUUGCGCGUGUCAGGUCCGCGCGACGGGCAAAAUGUAUGCGUGCAAGAAGCUAGAGAAGAAAAGGAUAAAGAAGCGCAAAGGCGAAGCGAUGGUGCUAAUUGAGAAGCAGAUCCUGCAGCGGAUCAACUCGCGCUUCGUCGUCAACCUGGCCUACGCCUACGAGACCAAGGACGCCUUGUGUCUCGUGCUCACUAUUAUGAAUGGUGGUGAUCUCAAGUUUCACAUUUACAACAUGUGCGGUGCGGACACGGGGCUGGGCUUGGAGCGUUCGCGGUUCUACGCCGCACAGGUCGCCUGCGGGCUGGAACACCUGCACAAAAUGGGCAUCGUAUAUAGGGAUUGCAAGCCAGAGAACAUUCUCCUGGACGACGCUGGCCAUGUUCGGAUAUCAGAUCUGGGGCUCGCCGUGGACGUGCCGGAGGGAGGAAGUGUACGUGGAAGAGUCGGCACCGUCGGCUAUAUGGCACCUGAGGUCAUAGACAACGAGCGAUACACCUACAGUCCAGACUGGUUCUCGUUCGGCUGCCUCGUGUAUGAAAUGAUAGAAGGGCGAGCGCCCUUCCGAGCGAGGAAAGAGAAGGUCAAGCGGGAAGAGGUGGAUCGCAGGGUCAAGCACGAGCAAGAGAAAUACUCGAGCAAGUUCAGCGAGUGCGCGCGAGCAUUAUGCUCGGCGUUACUGGCCAAGUCGUCAGCGGCGAGGCUGGGAGCGGGCGGCGCGGGGCGCAGGGGCGCGUCGCACGUCAAAGCGCAUCGCUUCUUCGCGCGGCUCAACUGGGCGAGGCUUGAGGCCGGCAUGGUCGCCGCGCCCUUUGUGCCUGACCCUCACGCAGUUUACGCUAAGGACGUGCUAGACAUCGAACAGUUCUCAACAGUCAAAGGUGUUAACCUGGAUGCAGGGGACGAUACCUUCUACGGGAAAUUCAGCACCGGCUCCGUCAGCAUCCCCUGGCAGCGGGAGAUGAUCGAGACUGGCUGCUACACCGAGCUGAAUCUCUUCGCCACAGAUGAGGAAGGCAAAGAGAGUCAGACGGCAGACCUGCAGCUGGUGCCCACCAAUGAGGUGCAGGAGGAGGAGACGGGCUGCUUCAUGUUUGCUAGACGGGUGCUGUGCCCCCAGAAGAAAGUCCCCGCACGGCUCCGGCCAGUGCACGUACCGGACCAUUUACUCCGGCCGUCUUCCCCCGCGCCGCCCGCACCCCCCGCACCCUCGCCCCCCGCGCCCGCGCCGCCCGCCGCCGCGCCCGCCAGCUGACCAAGCUCGCCUGCCGACAACGCGCACAGUACUAUUCAAGACGGGUAAGACGGAAUGUAGUGACGGAUGGUCUACGAUGUCGUUGGUAGGGUGGUUUUGUGAGAUUUAGAUCGUUCUUUUGACAUAAUUUUACAAUUAUUGUAGUCUGUGAAAAUGUUUAAAUGAUAAAAAUUUCGCGCUCGCUGCGCUUGCACUAUUUUUUUUUUGUUCAAUUAACUUGUUUACACUAUUCCGUCGUCGUUUUUUGUUAUUUACCACUUAAGCUUAUUUUCCCCAAUAUAAUGAAAAAUUUGAUAUACGAAACAUACACGUAGUUGUUUGUCCCAACUUAAACGGUUUAAUAGAUAUUCGUUUGUCCCUAUUUAACCGGUUUAUAGAUGUUCGUUUGUCCCAAUUUAGCUGGAUUCAUCCAGUGAACAGUCAAACGAAAAAUAGAAAGACGUCUUAUUUUUAUAUCGCAAUGCUUUAACCGUUAAUUA